AUGCUCAUGUACAACCAUAACAUAUUCAAUGCGUUAUACGGUAUUGCGGCCAACUAUCUAUUGGCAUCGUUGAAUUACUCAUUCCCUGCUGAAAAAGCAUACAGUAAUCCAUUUGUUUGCUAUAUCAUACAAAGCGGUUUUAUUAUUGUGAUGCUCGGUUCCGCGAUCAUAUGCAAUGUGUUAUGUCAGUGUGCUGAUCGAUAUCGGGCCAUUUUCUAUCCGAGAGCCUACCGUGCACGUACAAAACCUUGCAUCAUCGCAAGUUACGUGUUCAUUGCCACCUAUGCCACUCUGGUUUCUACUCUGCGCUUUUUCCAGACGCAUAUGGUCGACGGAAAGUGUUUCCCGUUUGGUCGAGCAGGUGUGAAACAUGUGUUGGCAUUAACGGAGCUCGUUGUGAUGUACUUUUUACCUUUUGUCCUUAUUGUCACGCUGACUGUUCCAGUCCUGUGGCAGCUGCGGCAGCUUCGACUCGGGUCUGGUCGUAACAAACGACACACCUCGAUAACACAUCAGACCAAUACCAACCAAAUUGGACGAACAGAGGACGGUGAUGAUAUCAGAAAUUCAAUUGUGGUCGCACAGCGCAGUAUAUUCAUUCAUACUUUGACCCUGGCGAUCGAAAUAACAAUAUUGGAAUUCACCAUCAUCUUGUUCCUUAUUCUGGACAACCUACAUGUUUUUAUAUUGGGAAUCGCAUCCCCAAUUCGAAUAUACUUAUUGUGUAUCAAAUCCCUGUACUGUACAUUCAAUCCGUUUUUAACAAUUCUGACUGUGACACCGUUGCGGAGGACUGUGGUGAAGCAUUUGCUUACAUGUAAGUCUCAUUGUACUCAAAUACUGUGUCCGUGUUUUCCAAAAGCAACAAAAUAA